AUGGAACCCAAUUUGAGAACCAGUGACUUCAGUCAGCCUGUUCGCUUUAUGGAUGGGCAAGUGUAUGCCCAGGGCCAAGCCAGCCUCGGGGCUGAAGAUCUGGCCUUGUGCACAUCUUGGGAGUCCAGCUGGGCCUCGGUCCUCCACCUUCCGGGCAGCUUCGCGCUGCCCCUGUCCCCAGGUCUUUGCAGUGGCUGUUCCCUCCGCCAGGAACACCCUUUCCCCCGACUCCUCCUCUACCUGCUGCUCUCACCCCUGGAUGCACUCGGCCAGGCCAAGAUGCAGUGUUCCUGGCGCCACCACCUCCUUGGGCUGUUGGUGCAGAUCCUUUUGGCUCUGUGCUUCUUCUCUUACCUGCAUGUGUCCCAAGACAAGCCCAUAUGGCCCCCGAAGUCCAGGGCCACCGCAGCGGAGUCUCUCAGCGCAGCUCCCAGUGGGUCCUCCCAGGGGAACCCCUGCCAGGCCACCCCGGAGCCCCCCGCCCGCCCGCCCCUGCUCCUUCUGCUGUGGACGUGGCCGUUCAACAUCCCAGUGGCUCUGUCCCGCUGCUCAGAGCUCUGGCCGGGGACCCCCGACUGCCAGCUGACCGUGAACCGCAGCGCGUACCCUCGGGCGGACGCGGUCCUCGUGCAUCACCGAGAGAUCAGCUCCAGGCCCCGGGCGCAGCUCCCUCCUUCCCCACGGCCCCCGGGCCAGCGCUGGGUCUGGUUCAACAUGGAACCACCCGACCACUGCCUCAAUCUGAAGGCCCUGGACGGCUUCUUCAAUCUCACCAUCUCCUACCGCAGGGACUCGGACAUCUUCGUGCCCUACGGCUGGCUCGAGCCGUGGCCCGGCCAGCCUGAAGACCCCCCUCCCCCGGUCAACCUCUCGGCCAAGACCGAGCUGGUGGCCUGGGUGGUGUCCAACUGGAGGACGGAAUCAGCCAGGGUGCGAUACUAUGAGAUGCUGCGAGAACAUCUGAAGGUGGACGUGUUCGGGCGCUCCCACACGCCGCUGCCCUGGGGGGAAAUGAUGGGGCGGCUGGCCCGCUACAAGUUCUACCUGGCGUUCGAGAACUCCCUGCACCCCGACUACAUCACGGAGAAACUCUGGAAAAACGCGCUGCUGGCCCGGGCGGUGCCCGUGGUGCUGGGCCCCAGCAGAAGCAACUACGAGCAGUUCCUGCCCGCCGACGCCUUCAUCCACGUCGACGACUUCCAGAGCCCCAGGGAGCUGGCCCAGUACCUGCUGGCGCUGGACCGGGACCCCGCGCGCUACCUGAGCUACUUCCGCUGGAGGGAGACGCUGCGGCCCAGGUCCUUCAGCUGGGCCCUCAUGUUCUGCAGGGCCUGCUGGCGGCUGCAGCAGGAGGCCGGCUACCGGACGGUGCCCAGCAUAGCCUCUUGGUUCACCUGAGCCGGCGGG